AUGCGGGCCUCAUAUGCAGAGUCCGAGCAUGACCUUGACAUUAUCGACCCUCCGGAGAUCCACGCAAAUGGCUCCAAUGGAAAACGAUCUGCUUCGACAGGAGCUAUGCUCCGCCUCUCUCUAUGGGUCUCCCUCGCAGCGUGGAUCGCCAAUUUUGACAACGGCUAUACCGGAACCGUAUUGAUCAUGCCUUCCUACAGAAGGGCGUUCGGGACAUGCACCGAACUCAUGAAUCCGAUGACCAACGAGCUCGUUGAGCAUUGCUCACUCACCCCACUACAACAGUCGCUUAUCAGCUUGAAUUACAUGUUUAUUGGUAUAGGGGGUGGCAUUUCAGGUAUCACAGGCCGAUAUACCGGACGCCGAGGUGCCAUCCAGAUCGGUUGCAUCCUGGCCAUUAUCGGUGCUGCUGGAAUGCUCGGCACAGGAGGAAGGGGAAACGGCAGCUUUUUGCACUACAUGCUGUGCAGGUGUAUCAGCGCCAUUGGAAUCGGGCAGCUUAUUUCUGCGAGUGUGACCUACGGCUCGGAGUGCAUAGAUGCCAGCAAGCGAGGCAUUUCCCUGGCGCUCUACAACGUCGGACUGGCCAUGGGCAAUGUUGCUGCCGGGGCUGUGUGUGCCGGCACUGCCCAACUCGAGCCGCGAAAUAACUGGCAAUGGAAGACGCCUAUUCUGUGUCAGAUUCCGAUGGGAAUCAUCCUGGGUGCGGGCAUCCUGAUGUUCCCUGAAUCUCCACGGUGGAUCCUGAACAACGACGAAACAAGGGAAGAAGAGGCGCGCAAGGCUUUCAGUAUUUUAUAUCGCAUCCCAGCGGAUUCCCCCGAGAUCACUGCUCAAAUUGAAGACAUCAAAACUCACAUCAAAGAGGAGCGAGCUGCCGCGGCGAGCACCUCAUGGCUCGAGAUUUACAACUCUGGCCAAAUCCGCCGGACAUUAGCUUCUGCUUUGAUCAUGAUUGGGCUCUCUAUUACUGGAAUUCAGUUCGUGCAGCCGUACGCAACUACCUUCCUCAAAGGCGUCGGCAUCAGCAACCCAUACCUCAUCAACGUGAUCAUCGGGCUAUGCAUUUUGGCCGGAUCGUUUAUCGGGCCCCUUGUGGUGGAGUACGGCGGACGACGAUUCGCCAUUCUGAUCGGCUAUACCUCCAUGGCAGCAUGCAUGCUCGUUCUAUCCUCGGUCAAUACAGCGCUAGGAUCCGACAACGAGAUCGCUAAAAUGGUCGUUGUCAUUUUGCUCUGUUUCUGGGCAUUCAUAUUCGGCGGAACUAUCGCACCAAGUGCUGGCCUGGCCUCGGUGGAGAUGCACAGCGUUGCGCUUCGCACGUAUGGACAAGCAAACACGAUCAUCUUUUACGGCUUGUUCUCUUUUGGUGCUACUUUCUGGACUCCCUAUAUGCUGGAUCCAGAUCACGGUAACAUGGGUCCCAAUGUUGGGUACUUCUAUGCCGGUGUGACUGUCGUCAUUGCAGUCUUGGUGUUCCUGCUUGUACCGGAAACUGCGACUCUGUCCUUGGAGCAGAUUGAUGACCUUUUCUAUUCGGGUAUUCGGCCGUGGAGGACAUCCCGGGCAAGCAAUAUCGAGAUGACGCGGCAGAGUGCGCGAGAGAAGGAUCAAGAGAUGGCGAAGUAA